AUGAUAUUGCAAAUCGCAGCAACAAUGACCGCACGUCAGGAUCAGCCGGGGCAUAGCUGCUUUCGCUCCUCUCAUCGAACCAACUGUGUGGCUCAGCUGCGAGGGGGAGGGGGGGUUGUUGCGGUUUGCUUGAGCAAGGUGUCACGGCUGGAGCUUUCUCCAGCCUUACCAACAACCCAGGAUGUUGUGUGCGUGGUGAAUGCAGAGGCAGAGGCAGAGUCAGAGGCAGUGUGGCGAUGGAGUGUGGCUGCUCGGGUCGGUCACAGGGCAAGCAAAGAAAUCAGUCAGCCGGGCACCAGGGGAGAGGUCAAGAGGAUUCCCCUGAGGACAGAUGACAUCAGUUUGUCUACUACAUGA